UUUCCAGUUCCGGCCUCACAGAGGCUGGAAGAAGUUGGGAGCAUGCGGCUGUCGGUCGCCACUGCCAUUUCUCACGGCCGCGUAUUCCGCCGCCUGGGCCUUGGUCCCGAAUCCCGCAUCCACCUGCUGCAGAACUUGCUCACGGGACUGGUGCGACACGAACGCAUCGAGGCGUCAUGGGCUCGCGUGGACGAGCUGAGGGGCUACGCGGAGAAGCUCAUCGACUAUGGGAAGCUGGGAGACACCAACGAACGAGCCAUGCGCAUGGCUGACUUCUGGCUCACGGAGAAAGACUUGAUCCCAAAGCUGUUUCACGUACUGGCCCCUCGGUACCAAGGUCAGAAUGGGGGCUACACGAGAAUGCUGCAGAUCCCAAACCGGAAUAAGCAGGAUCGGGCCAAGAUGGCAGUGAUCGAGUAUAAAGGGAACUGCCUUCCACCCCUGCCCCUUCCUCACAGAGACAGCAACCUCACACUCAUAAACCAGCUGCUUCAGGGGCUGCGGAAGGAUCAGGAAGCAAGCACCCACAGCUCCCACACAGUUCAAACACCAGAGAUUUAACUGGAGCCAAAGGGUAUGUGGCCCUCAUCAGUGCCCAUGAUCCACAGGCCUUGGGAGCGCUUUUAAUCUCUUAAGAAGAACUGGAUCUUGAGUUGUAAAAUGAACUGUCUGAUUGGAGCCCAAAACCUUCUGGGAGCCAGAUAACCUUCUCUUUGCACAACAGAUAAAAUUCAGUGUAUGACUAUAUGUAAACUGAUUUUCUUUUCCCCUCCCCUUGGGAUUUCUGGAGAAUGAGAACUACCCACAUGCUCAGUCUGUGUGGGAUAGUAAAUUCAUGGUGUAUG